CGCCUGUGUGGAUGAGCAAAAAAAAUAAAUAAAUACGGGGAGGGUGAAUGAAUUAGUUUGGACAAAAAGGACAGAAAGUUCACAGUGCCGUUGAUAUAAUUUUUUUGCACCAGUUGUGUGGCUGCGUCUCCCGGUGCCAUGCCGUCUGUUCCCUUGCCUCCGAAGGAGAGUAACCUCUUUAAGAGAAUUCUGAAAUGUUACGAGCAAAAACAGUACAAAAAUGGGUUGAAGUUUUGCAAGAUGAUUCUCUCCAAUCCCAAAUUCGCAGAACAUGGAGAGACGUUAGCCAUGAAAGGGCUCACGCUCAACUGUUUGGGGAAGAAAGAAGAAGCCUAUGACUUUGUCCGGAGGGGACUGCGCAAUGACUUGAAAAGCCAUGUCUGCUGGCACGUCUAUGGCCUUCUCCAGAGGUCUGACAAGAAGUACGACGAGGCCAUCAAGUGCUAUCGCAACGCUCUGAAGCUGGACAAGGACAACCUGCAGAUCCUCCGUGACUUGUCCCUGCUGCAGAUCCAGAUGAGGGAUCUAGAGGGCUACAGGGAGACCAGGUAUCAGCUCCUCCAGUUGAGACCCACACAGAGAGCAUCGUGGAUAGGCUAUGCCAUUGCAUACCACCUAUUAAAGGACUAUGACACAGCCUUAAGACUACUGGAGGAGUUUCGCAAGACUCAGCAGGUUCCUCCCAAUAAAAUAGACUACGAGUACAGUGAGCUGUUGCUCUAUCAGAACGAAGUCAUGAGAGAGGCCAGCUUGUUUCAGGAGUCCUUAGAACACAUAGAGACAUACGAAAAACAAAUCUGCGAUCAGCUGAAGGUAGAAGAGAUCAAAGGUGAGAUGCUGUUAAAGUUGGGCAAGCUGGAGGAAGCUGCCAGAGCCUAUAGGAAUCUCAUCGACCGCAAUGCAGAGAACUGGUCCUACUACGAAGGGCUGGAGAAGGCCCUGCAGCCCUGCACUAUGGAGAAGAGACUACAAAUCUAUGAAGAAGUUGGCAAAAAGCACCCCAAGGCCCUCUCUGUGAAAAGACUUCCACUAAACUUCCUUACAGGUGAAAUAUUCAGGGAAAAGCUUGAUAAAUAUCUGAGAACAAACUUCAGCAAAGGUUGCCCCCCCUUGUUUACAACUUUGAAAUCUCUCUACAACUGUCCAGAGAAGGUCUCUGUAAUACAUGAACUCGUCACCGGCUAUGAGUUUUCUUUAAGGACGUGUGACUUGUUCAGUCCAAAUGAAAGCGCUGAAAAGGAGCCACCCACCACGCUGCUCUGGGUUCGAUACUUCCUGGCUCAGCACUUCGACCGACUGGACAAGAAAGCCCUGGGACUAGAGUACAUCGACGCGGCUAUCGAAAGCACCCCCACUCUCAUCGAGCUCUUCUACGUGAAGGCCAAAAUCUACAAGCAUGCGGGGAACCUCCAGGAAGCAGCCAAAUGGAUGGAUGAGGCCCAGUCUCUGGACACAGCUGACCGCUUCAUCAACUCUAAGUGUGCCAAGUACAUGCUGAGGGCGGGGCUGGUGAAGGAGGCAGAGGACAUGUGCUCCAAGUUCACACGGGAGGGCACCUCAUCCAUGGAAAACCUCAACGAGAUGCAGUGCAUGUGGUUUCAGACCGAGUGCGCAACAGCCUACCAGAGGCAGGGGAAGUACGGGGAUUCGCUGAAGAAGUGUCACGAAAUCGAGAGGCACUUCUUUGAGAUCACAGACGACCAGUUUGACUUCCACACCUACUGCAUGAGGAAGAUGACGCUGCGGGCGUACGUGGACCUCCUCAAGCUGGAGGAUGUCCUGAGGAGACACUCCUUCUAUUUCAAAGCAGCCCGCUGUGCCAUCGAGAUCUACCUGAAGCUGCACGACAACCCAUUGACUGACGAGAGCCAGGAGCAGGAGGUCAACUCAGAGAACCUGUCUGCCAAGGAGCUGAAGAAGAUGCUGAGCAAGCAGCGGAGGGCGCAGAAGAAGGCCAAGCUGGAGGAGGAGAGGCGGCACGCCGAGAGGGAGCGGCAGCAGAAGAACCAGAAGAAGAGGAGGGACGAAGACGAGGAGGAGAUCAGCGGGCCCAGGGAGGAGCUGCUGCCUGAGAAACUUGAGAAGGUUGAAAACCCCUUAGAAGAGGCAAUUAAGUUCCUGACACCCCUCAAAAACCUUGUGGCUGACUGUAUAGACACUCAUCUUCUAGCAUUUGAAAUCUAUUUUAGAAAAGGAAAGUUCCUUCUGAUGUUGCAGUCAGUGAAGAGAGCCUUUGCACUUGAGGCAGACCACCCAUGGCUUCAUGAAUGUUUAAUCAGGUUCUCUAAAGCUGUGUCUGAUCACAGCAACCUUAAUGAAGUGGUCUACAAGGUCUUGUCUCAAGAAAUGCAGAAGAUCUUUGCCAACAAAAAUUACGACACCUUUAACGAUGAAUUUCUCAAAAAUAAAUCGAACUCCAUCCGACACCUGCUUUCAGGCGCCAAAAUGAUGUAUUUUCUGGAUAACUCGAGACAAGAGAAGGCCAUCUCCAUCGCUACACAGUUGGAGGAGACCUUGUUGGACCGAAAUGUCAAGUCAUGCACGAAGGUGCUAGAGGCACUGCUGGAUGGGAGCUUCGGAAGCUGUCCCUCCCAGGCAGAGGAAUACCGCACCGCCUGCCACAGACUGUUCCCCUUGGCAACUGCCUUCAUGCCACCUGUCACAGAGGACGACAAGGGCUCCACCCCGAGGAACAACGGCACCAUCAACCACGAUGUGCUGACCAAUGAGAUCUGAGGGUCCCAGAGGGAAACGCCCACACCGUUUAACACCGCUGAAUUACUGGAGCCGCCCUCUUGGGCAGGUGACUGUGGUACAGAUGAGGCAGAGAUCUCAGCUCGCUUUCACAGGGCUCCACCUCGCGGUUACUAAGGUUAGUUUUUUUUUUUUUUUUUUGUUUUGAAAAUGCUGCCAUAACUUUUUCCUUUUGUCCUCAAAGGUUAUUCUUGACAUGGAGAGGAAAGGGUAACUGCUCCUUCAUGGCUGGUGUUUUAUUUGUGCUUGACCUACUAUUACCAACAAAUUUGUACCCAAAGCUACAGAAAAUGGACUGAAUAAACAUGUUUGUGAAAAGUUAUCCCUGGUGAAUCAGAAGUGGGACAGUUAGAAAAUUCAGCACCAUAGUAGAGCUUUUGUAUCCCCCAUUUUCAAAAAACACAAAGGCAAUUUUUAUUUUGUUAGGCCAGUUCAUCAGUGAUGUGCAUGUGAUGACUUGAUGCCUUUCUUAAAAACAGUAGAGAAUGAUGAGGAAAAAAUGUUUAUUGAAACAUCAUGGAGCUGCAGCAGAUUUUCUGGAACAAGCAACUCUGCACAUUUUUAUCUUAAUGUAGUUUUUAGAAACAUCUGUGCAGAGCACCAGAUAAAACAUUUCAGAGUAGCUCAAAUAUGCCUUAUGCAUUAUUGGAAAUACAGGAUGCUGUGGUUUUUAUUGAAAACAAAAUGCAACGCACUGAUUUUUUUGUGGUCUUAUCUGGCCUUUUGCACUGUUAAUGUAAUUUUAGAACUGUAUUUUCCCAAACAAUGAGAAAUUUCAUUCAUUAGUCAGAGCAUGUUUAAAAAAAAAAAAAAACAGGUUAAAAAGCCCCCCUCAGGGUGAGUUGGUAUCUGAUGGCUUUUUAAACCACAUUGUAGUCAGUGGGGCUAUACUGUCAUUUGAAAAAUAGACAAAAUUGGAAUCAAAUCUCAACGCUGGGGCUUGGAUGCGGGUAAGGGGGGUGGAACAGGGCUCUUACUAGACAACCGUUCUUGAAAAUGCUAUUUUUAACAGGCUCCAAAAAAAAAUGCAGGUGUGUCUUUAUGCAGAAAUUAGUUCAUGUUUGCUGUCCUCUGUGAAAACUUCCGUGGUUAUUUCAAAGUUGAAUUUUGUCUGAAUUGUUCUUAUUGGCACUUCAGUGUUACGAUCACUUGGUUAAGUUGGUUUAGGUGGAUAGCGCUCAUUGUGAAUAAUGUUUAAUUAUUUAAAGGUGAGAGGGGAGGGUGAAGUCUAAAAGUAAAGUAAAAGCCCCCCCUCUCUCUGUUUUGCUAUCUUGC